CCCACACUCCCCUCUCCCUCUCCCCCUCCCCUGCCCCCAUCUCCCAAUACCCACUCAGGGCUCAUCUCCCAUCAUGAACCCAAACAUGUUUGGUUCUAACAACAACACCCAAACUAAUCACAUUGCUUUACAACAUCAGGAACAACAUGAGCGCAAUCUGCAUCUACAUUUCCCACAUCCUUUUCUCGACCAGGAUGACCUGUUUUUAACCCACAUUUUGUCGUCCCAACACUUCUUCAUUGGCGCGGAUUGUUGGGGAGAACAAGAACAAGAACAACAUCAUGAUCAGACAAAGCAAAAUUCGGAGAAGCCUAGGAUUGAGGUAGUGAAGAAGAAGAAGAAAUGCAGUGGUAAUAGAAAAAAUGGAAGCUCCAGAAAGAAAACAGGGAAGAAGGACAGACAUAGUAAGAUCUACACAGCACAGGGCCCAAGAGACCGUAGAAUGAGGCUGUCCCUUCAAAUUGCGAGGAAAUUCUUCGACCUUCAAGACAUGCUAGGCUUUGACAAAGCGAGCAACACCAUCGAAUGGCUUCUCUCUAACUCAACCUCCGCAAUUAAGGAUCUCCAACACAGCUUAGCCAACAACAGCGGGCAUAGGUAUGGCAGUGUGUGUUGUGGGUCGACCGAGGCCGUGUCAGAGAUGAUUAGGGAUAAUAAUGGUGGUGGCGGAGCUGCAAAAGAAGCUGCUUUUAUGGCCACUCCCAAACACAAACAGAGCAGGGCAUUACGUAGGGUGGGCAGAGAGUCGAGGGAUAGGGCAAGAGCUAGGGCAAGGCAAAGAACAAUGUUGAAAAAAAUAAAACAACCCAUUUCCAAUCUCCAAGAUGUGAGCUCAGUUGUUGCCAUUUCUGAUGAUCUCUGGGAUUUUGCAUCAAUCCAAAGUAUUUUGUGAGGUAAUCAUAAUUCCCCAUCGCAAAACCCCGAUUCUUCUUCAACACUUGCUUGCCCUAAUCUUAAAUAAAUAACCCUAAUUCAAAGGGUGUGUAUCAUUAUCCAGAUCUACCUUCUUCCAUCUGCUUCAUUCAUCAUCAUGAGCCAACACUUGUUUAAUUAAAGUGGA